AUGGUGACGCACAAGGAUUGGCCGGAGAAGGGGGGGAGCAAGCUGGCGGGAGCGGAUUUUGAGGGGUGGGUGAUGGACCAGGGGUGGUGGAAGAAGGUGGACGUCUUUCUGUCGGUGAUGGAGCUGUUCUACAACGUGAUGCGGAGGACGGAUGCAGCGGCGAAGGGGAUGAUGGGCCAGCUGUACGACAACAUGCUGCAGCUGACGAAGGAGUUGGAUAAGCUGCUGAACGGGAAGGAGUGCAAGCUGAGCAGGGCGGAUAAGGAUAAGGUGCGGGAGCAUUUGAGGAAGCGGUGGGACGAGAGCCUGGCUUGCCCCCUCCACGUGGCAGGCCGGAUCUUGAACUCGGCAAACCAGGAGGAGGGGAUUUUCCUGCAGGAUGCGGAGUGCACCAAGGUGAUGCAGGAGUGGUUGGAGCGACAGAAGGCGUUCGUCGACAGGUACUGGAAGAAGUCCGGCGGCAAGAAGGGACCGGUGAGGCCGCUGCAUGAGGGUCUAGUGCGCGACCUUGCGCAUGUUGCGCACAACUGGAAUGUUGUGCACAAAUUCCACAAGGAUGCGGAAGCGGGGCCUAGUGUGGUGGGAAGGAAGGGUGCAGUGGUGGAGGGGAACAUCCCCCCCCCUCCCCUCCCUGAGGGGUACAAGUUGGAGGAGGAUGGGGAGGUGGAGGCGGACGAGGACGACGUGUGCCUCGAUGAGUGGCAGACGCAGGAGGAGCUGGAGAAGGACGGGGAGGAGGAGGAGGAGGAGGAGGAUGAGGAGGAGGAGGAGGACAGCUAG